UGCUACACACUAAUUGAUGACGACAAACCCAUGCUAUCCUGACCAGAAGUGAAAGUGGAUGAAAAAUGUAUUGUCUUGCAAGAGCUCUCAAUCUUAUUGCUACUAAUGGCACCCGCUUCAAUGUCCAGAAAGUUGCUGCAUGCGGUAUUCAUCAUACAUUUGCACAACAAGGGUCACAAUCAACAGCUCGUUAUGAAGACAAACCUGAAUUUCCUGGUUCACGUUCACGAUAUGUCCACAAGUUGGAAUUUCUUGAUCCAGACUCUCAGGAAGGCAUUCCAGUUUACAGGGUCCUAAACAGAGAAGGAACAAUCAUUGAUGAGUCUCAGGAUCCAAAGCUGUCCAGAGCCAUUGUGGAAAAGAUGUAUCAUGAUAUGACACUCCUCAACACAAUGGAUCGUGUUCUAUACGAGUCCCAACGCCAGGGCCGCAUCUCCUUCUACAUGACAAAUUAUGGGGAGGAGGGAACUCAUGUGGGCUCAGCUGCUGCCCUUGAUUCUAAAGACCUUAUUUUUGGGCAGUAUAGAGAAGCUGGCGUGCUUAUGUGGCGAGGGUACACACUGGACCAGUUCAUGAACCAGUGCUAUGGUAACCAGAAUGAUCUUGGAAAAGGCAGGCAGAUGCCCGUGCACUAUGGCUCACGUGAUUUGAACUUUGUCACAAUAUCAUCUCCCCUAGCAACACAGAUGCCACAAGCAUCUGGCGCAGCAUAUGCCCUCAAGCUCCAGCAGAAGGGGUUGGUGGCCAUCUGUUUCUUUGGGGAAGGGGCGGCAUCUGAAGGAGAUGCUCAUGCUGCUCUCAACUUUGCAGCUGUUCUGGAUUGUCCUAUCAUCUUCUUCUGUCGCAAUAAUGGCUAUGCCAUUUCAACACCAACUAAAGACCAAUACAGAGGUGAUGGAAUAGCUGCUCGUGGUCGUGGGUAUGGAAUUCCCACAGUGCGUGUGGAUGGUAACGAUGUCUUUGCUGUCUACAAUGCAACAAAAGCUGCUCGUGAUAUUUGCCUCACUCAGAAUCGACCAGUUCUCAUUGAAGCAAUGACCUACAGGAUUGGACAUCAUAGCACAUCCGAUGAUAGCUCAGCCUACCGGUCAGUAGAUGAAGUCAGUUACUGGGACCAGCAGGAUAAUCCCAUCACCAGACUACGCCAUUUUAUGGUCUUGCAAAAGUGGUGGAACGAUGAUGCAGAACAGAAUUGGAAAAUGGAGUCCAGGAAGAUGGUGAUGAAGGCUUUUGCUGAAGCAGAAGGGCGAAAAAAGCCAAGUCCUGAUUCAAUGUUUCACGAUGUGUACACUGACAUGCACCCAAGUCUGAAGGAGCAGAUGCAGGCCAUGAAAAAGCAUGUCACAGAACACAAAGAACAUUACCCAUUGGAGCAGUACGAUAAAAUGACAUAAAAUGGUUUGCUGUGGUAGCACAAUACAGUCCUUGCCCGACUGCACAGGGACUGAUUGAUAUUUACAUAGCUACUACAACUCUACAGCUAAACAUUUCAUAGUGCAACUGGUUUGCACAGAAUACUGACCUUGUAAGCUGUACAACAGAUGGAAAUUUUCUGCUGGACUCUCGAUUUAUAGAGUGAUUGCUUAGUGUGACUGGUGUACAAGAUAGAUUACACAAUUACACAACAAUGUUACGUUGUAAAUCUGCAAAGUGAGCUAGAGGCAUGAAUCUCUGCAAUGUAGAAAGGAUACACAUUAAUGUGCAAAAAUAUUUAAAAAACAUAAGACAUGAA